CGAGUCAAGACUCAAGACCCCCAAAGCUUCCCUUACUCCAUUGUCGUCCUCGUGACGCCUUCGCUGUAAUUCCCAGCCUCCCCGUUGCCUGGUCAACUAGACACUCAGACCCGUAGUAGUAUUCUUGGGAGCUGCUAUGAGCGUGUCAACUCUAAGUCUUUCCCCUGAGAGCUGAUAGUGUUGCCUUCCGAGCACAAGCGUCAGGCAAGCUAAUUACUCCGGCGGUACCGAUAGUACCGCCAUGGCUCAGCGGUCCCUGUGGAGAUUCUAUUCCAAGAAAGAAAACGCGUCUGUUCCGCAGUCGUCUCAGCCGCUCCUAUCAAACCAGAAUCCGCCGGCGAGCAGCCAAGGACCGUGGGGAUCUACUAAAGACCCCGCUAAAGCGGUCUCCGAUAGCAGUCCGUUCAAGACUCCACGGAACCCGUACGCUUUCAGCGGCACGAAUGAGGGGACGGAACCGAAAGGACGCGUGAUCGCUGAUCAGCCUUCCCUGAAUAAGCCUCCCCCGAGUCAACGGUCAACGGGGUACUCUGAUCCGCGCAGGACGGAGCCAGGCGACGCGGAAAACGGUUUUGGUACUCCGUCGGCAAGAGCUGGGAUUGGUCGAGAUGGUCGAGAGGGUCGAGCUAGCUUCAGCCCACGGCCUCACUUCACUCCGCUGACUCCUGGGAUCAAGCCAUGCGUCCCGAGAGCGAAGAGAGGAAGGGACGAUGCAGAUGUUGACGACAAUGCGAAUGACUACAGCGAGGGGGCUAACGGGCUACAGAGCAAGAAGUUUGCCUCCGCGACGCAGCCUGAGCGGUCUGCUGGCGGAGCAUCUCAGCGCCCUUCGUUUAUGUCACAAUCUGAUAUGUCACAACCUGAUGUGCCACAACAGCAUGAUGACCGGUCCAGGCGCGCCGAGUUUCUUCGGGCAUUGGGAGCAGAUGAUCUGGAGGGCGGGCAGGAUAAGAAUGCGGGCAUGUGGGCCGAAGCCCGGUCGAAAUUCGAGUGGCUGCUGCCCGUAAAUAUUCGGGAUGGGAAAGGGAGGAGGCCUGGGGAGCCGGGUUACGAUUCGCGAAGUGUAACCGUCCCGCGUGCGAUUUUCGACAAGCUGUCAGCGUCACAGAAGCAGUACUGGAGCACGAAAUCGCGCUACAUGGACACCAUCCUCUUCUUCAAAGUGGGCAAGUUCUACGAGCUGUACGAGGUGGAUGCUGAGGUGGGCCACAAGGAGCUCGACUGGAAGCUGACCGUCAGUGGAGUGGGCAAGUGUCGCCAGGUGGGAGUGCCCGAGAGUGGCAUUGAGGACGCCGUUCAAAAGCUCGUGGCCCGGGGCUACAAGGUCGGUCGCAUGGAGCAGCUGGAGACCAGCGAGGAAGCCAAGGCAAAGAGAGGGCCAGGGGCGAUGGUGCAGCGCCAGCUCACUCAGAUCCUCUCUCCAGCCACCCUCACAGAAGGGUCCCUUCGACCAGAAGCCGUGCACCUCCUGGCGAUUAAGGAGACCCUUGCAGAAGCAGACGGCGUCAACUCCAGCAGUCCCAACGGCAGCAGCAGCAGCAUCACCCCCAGCAGCACCCCCAGCGGCAGUACCGAGUCCAUUCUGGUUGGUUUCGCGUUCGCUGACGUGGCAGGCGGGAGCAUCUACGUCGGCGCCAUGCGGGAUGACUCGUCCCGCUCCGCCCUCUCAGCGCUUCUCAUCCAGGUGGCCCCUCAAGAGCUGCUUUUUGAGCUGGAUGGGCUCUCCUCUGACACGAGGAAGCUUCUGCGAAGGAGCUCAGGCCCAGGAAUCCUUCCGAUGCAGCUGACAGCCCUGGCGCCAGGUUCGGAGUUCCCCGAGCCUAAAGCAGCUCUGGCCCGGCUAAAGACUUCUAGCUUUGGAACCACACAGGAAGCCUCGCAGAGGUGGCAGCAGCAGCAGGGGCAGGUGUUUUCUGGGUCAGGGGGAUGCGGAGGAGAGGGGAGAGGAACUGGUUCUCUGGUGCAGUUGCUGGUGGGAGGAGGAGAGGAGGAGGCGGAGGUAGCAGCUGCUGCACUCGUGGCACUUGGUAGUCAUUUGGAGAGACUCAAGUGGAGCCCGGCAGUGCUCGCAUCGCUCUCCCUCCGGCCGUACUCGGUCUUCUCCUUCCUGUCGCUGCGGCUGGACGGGCAGACGCUGAGCAACCUGGAGCUGCUGAGCAACACACACAACGGCAGCACACAGGGCACCCUUCUUGGCUUCUUAGACACAUGUGCCACGUCAGGGGGCAAGCGCCUUCUCCGCCGUUGGAUUUGCCACCCGCUGCGCUCCAUCCGCGAGAUCGAGCGCCGGCUGGACGCCGUCGAUGAGCUGGCGGGCUCGUCGCUCGCCACGUCAGCACUGUCAUCUGCCACGUCUGCAGCACACGCAAGGGGGGAGAUCCGAGCGGCAAUGAGGCGGCUGCCGGAUUUGGAGCGUCUCAUUGGACGAAUGCGAGCUAUGGGGGCUCAGGCCAAUGGAAGGGGAGGAGGGGGAGUAGGGGGAGAAGAAGAGGAUUGGGGGAAAGGAGGCAGAGGAGGGGGGGAUGGGAGAGGAGGAGGUGGAGGUGGAGGAGGAGAGGUGGAGUGGAGUGGGUUAAGGGCUGCUCUGGAGGCGCUGCCGGGGCCAAUGGGAGAGAAGCUUCUGAGGAAGCAGGUCUUCCACUUGUGCGCUGCUGUCCGAGGGGUCAAGGCAGCUCUCCGGUUUUUGGACUCCUUCAAGAACGGAUCCCUCACAGGCGAGCCCGUCUCCUUCCGCUCGGCCAUCCUACGUGGCUUCAUGCGAUUGGCUCCUGCUGCUUCUGCCAACAGGGACUGGGACUCUCCUGACUUUGCUCUUAGCGAGGGUGACAGCAGGGGGGCCAGUCCGGAAGAGGAGUUAGAGGAAUGUGAAGGUCGGGGAGGAGGGGGGUUUGGCAUUGGCGCCGAGCAACUGAGUGGUAGACGUGUGCUGUCAGUGCUUGAUGAGAUGGAGCAGUGUAUCUUGUGGCCGGCGGAGACCCAGGGGAAGCCAGCAGGGAGGGGGAAAGGCAGCGGCGGCGGGUCAAGAGGUGGUGCGGCUACCAGCGGCUCUCCUCGUCUUGUGUCCGAUGACAGUAGUAUAACCUCGUUGAGGAGCGGAAAGGGUGCUUCGACAGAGUAUGCCAGGAACAACAGCAGCAGCAGUAGCAGCAGUAGCAGUGGCCUGGGUGAAGCCGUAACAGCAGAGGCGCGUCUGCUGGCUGCACUCCUGGCGCAGUUCUCCUCUCUCCUCCCCUUCUGCUCGCUCCUCUCUGACUCCCUCGCCCAACUCGACGUCCUCCUGGCCUUUGCCGAUGCCUCGCAGGGUGCUGCUGGUGCAGGGCCCAUGUGCCGGCCCACGUUCGUGGCAGCAGCGGGGGCAGGAGGGGGGGGAGGAGGAGGAGGAGGGAGUGGGUGUGAUGGGGCGAGGAGUGCAUCAGGAGGGGGGGGAGCACGUUUCAUGCGAGGGGUCUGUGGCACCCGUUUGCAGUGGGCGGUGGGGGUGUGGUGGUUCCCAACGAUGUGCUCCUGGGGGGAAUGGCUGCUAGAGCCGUGGGAGGUGGAUGUGCUGGUGCUGGAGCUUCUGGUGCUUCCGCUGCUGCUGGUGCUGCUGGUGCUGCUGGUGCUGACGGUGGUGGGUCGUCCUCAGUGUCGGUGUUUCCGCGCACGGUGUUGCUGACAGGGCCCAACAUGGGGGGCAAGUCCACUCUGCUCAGAGCGACCUGCGUCGCUGCCAUCAUGGCCCAGAUGGGGUGCUUUGUGCCCUGCUCCUCCCUUGUUCUCUCCCCUGCUGACGUCAUCUUCACAAGGCUUGGCGCAUCGGACCGAAUCAUAUCGGGAGAGAGCACGUUCAUGGUGGAGUGCCGGGAGACAGCAGCGGUCAUGCGAUGCGCCACAAGGGACUCUCUGGUCAUUCUGGACGAGCUGGGAAGGGGAACGUCCACGUUCGACGGAUACGCUAUUGCGCAUGCGGUGUUGGACUAUCUCACCUCACGGCUUGACUGCCGGCUCCUGUUCGCCACACACUACCAUCCACUCACCUCCGAGUUUGCGGGUCAUCCGCAAGUCGCGUUACGACACAUGGCAUGCCAAGUGCAGGCACGCAAGAGCGGAGAGGGGGAGGAGGACGAGGAGCUUGUUUUCUUGUACAAGUUGCACUCUGGUGCCUGUCCGAAGAGCUACGGCUUGAAGGUAGCUUCUAUGGCCGGAAUCCCUUCUCGUGUCGUGAUGAAAGCAACCCAGGCAGCUUCAGCUCUUGAGCAUGAGCUGAGCGAUAAGUUUGACAACCCUGAGCCUCUUGCAGCGAGCAAAUUGCUUGAUUUGGAGCGGUCAUGGGUGCAAACGCUGCAAGGGGUUGCUGCAUGUGGUGCCUCGGGUGCGAAGGUGCCUGAUGAAGAUGCAGAGGAUACGUUCGAGACCCUGUAUUGUAUCUGGCACGAGGUCCGGCAUAGUCAGUGAGCAGUGGUGCAAAUGCGGCUGUCAAACUCGGCAAAUUAGUGAUGAAGUAGAUUAGAAUUAUUUGAGAAAUAGCAUUUCAUGCAAAAUGUGGGUCAGCUGAAUCUGGUCGAAGAGGUUUGCGCCUUCAAUGGCGGGGACACGGACCUGUUUUCCAGGUUCUCUAUUUGGCAGAGAGCCUCCGUUUUGGUUCGGAAGGACCAGCUUUGGGCUGUCAGUUAUUCAGCCUGCGUCACAGUGUGGUUCAGUGUGCCGUGUUGGAAAUAUCUCAAGGACUUGAGCGUUUCUGAAGUGU